GCACGACAUAAACCACUACCACACUACAAUGGACGGAGUCAAUAUGUUUGUCAGCACCUAACUGAGAGAACAUUAGUCGCGAAAAACUUUUACUCGUAUUUCGGUUACAUCGCCUUGUCGGAAGGCAUAGAAGCACUUCAGAAGACACUAGAAGCGCUACGUGACGAUCCUAAACUUGGCGGUUAUGCGAAGGUAUUUUUGACACGGAAUGAUUUCUUUAAGAAUAAUAAUGUGGAGCUUUAUUUUAUGCGAAAAGAGAGAAAGGUGAAAGAGAAGAUAAGCACAGAGACAACUUUAAGCAUGGUGAAUAAAAGACUAGAUAUGGCGACCGAAAUCGUCCACAAAAAUGUCCUUGGUCAUUUGGAGAAAGAAUUGGGGAAAGGAGAUCACUCAGAAGAAAAUGACGGGCAAGAUGAGGCCACAUCAAGCACACUUCCUGCCAAAAUCGAAAAUAGCAACAAUACAAAUACCAAAGAGUAUCUUAAUGAGCUUCCUCUCCAUGCCGAAUAUUCAUGUAUGGGGGAAGACUGGAUGAUGGAUGGUAUAGUCUUAAGUAAUAAUCUGAAGGGGACUAGUAUACUUGGACGCGGUCACUUUAACUUUUCGGAUACGGAGUGUACAUCGCAGAUAAGUGAUGAGCACUGGGAUAAUGUAAUAGUCCCAUUUUUAACGAAACAUAAGUUGAAAAACGCGUUUUAUACGGAGGGUGACGAAAAAAAGCUGGUGGAUAUGUUUGAAGAAAACAAAAAGAAGCUUUUAGAACAAGGCAACUUAAACUUGAUAUACAGUUUGUGUGAUACUGAAGAGAACACCACAAAAAUUCUUGAAAUUGUGAAGCGAAUACGAUUAGUUUUAUAUCUUAAAGGAUUUGCCGAUUGUCGGACCCUAACAUCGCUGGAAAGGAAAUGGCCAAUAUCUCUUCCUUCUGAUAUAUUGGACAAACGAUUGCGAGGUAUUUUGUGGGCAGCCGAGCUGAUAAAAUGGGUAAUCGCACAAUGGCAAGACGGUACCUUUUUCAAGGAAAUGAAGGAACAAUGGGUAAAAACACAGUUAGCGUCUCGUCUUCUCGUGCCAGUGAGUCCAGUAAAACCUGGUGAAAUUGAAUCCAAUGCAGAAAAGCUUGUCGCUAAUUACAAGAAAGCAUUGAUGUCUCCGAAAAUAAAAGCAAAGACUCGUGUAGAUGGACUUGACGAUGAUGAAGGAUUUGAAAACGUUUGGGUUGAGUUGAAAGGUGGCUUUGGUGCUCAGCAUGAAGCUGAAAACAAAAACAAUCUUGAGGAUCUGGAUGUAUUGCUUAAAGGAUUUUCAACGAUGUCUGCGAUGCAAGCUCCUACAUUGCCAGAAGAAGCAAAAAAUAAAAUUGGUGAACUUGAAUUCUUUGGAAUAAGAGGGAUGGGAAAUCUUUUUCAAUUCUGGGGCUGUUUCCAGGCCUCCAGAUAUCUCAUGUGUUCGUAUUUGUUAGGGGAAUUUUGUUUACCGUCAUUUGAGGGAAGAGAGGAGUUGCUCGAGCUUUCUUAUCAAUACUUGCAUUGCUUACAGAUAAGAGUGGAAACCAGCAAAUUAAAGUUUCACCAAAUCAGGGCCUUGGCAAGGAGUAAGAGAGUUUUUGAAGGUGACUCUUCGCCAAUCAAGGCAAAAAGAGUCCGAGAAUGA